UUUUCCCCCCUGCAGCGAAACAUCAUCCAAGAUUCGCCAACUCGAACAGUCUAGGGCACUGGGCGCUCCCGGCCGAGAAGCUGCUCGAAUCCCCUCCAAAAUUCCAAGGUGAGAGCCACUGAUCCGCCCCAAAGCCUUCAAAUUUCUCGAAUCCAGCCUCGAAACCCUAGAUUUGCGCCACCAAUUUGCUCAUCCGACUAGCCAACCGUCCGUCUCGCGAGCAGCGGGUGACCCAAUCACCCCCGCAGAGGCUGCGCUGGUAGAUCGAUUGGUGUGGGGGUUUUGAUCCUGGCUGCUCCUGAUCAACCGAGGAAUCGAGCCGAGAUUUUGUGAUAUCUUUUAGGGGAUAUGGGCAAGCCUCUGAUCUAUGAGAUAUUGGAGAAGCCGGCCAGUAGCAGCGUCAUCGGCAUUUGCUCGCUGAUCUGGUUCUUCAUCCAGAAGAGGAGCAUUGGGUACGGAGAUGUUGGGCUGAGCUAUGAGGCCGCCAUGGAGGGCGGGCAGUACUGGAGGAUCAUCACCUCCGCACUCUCGCACAUCAGUGUGGUGCAUUUGGUGUUCAACAUGAGUGCACUGUGGAGCCUCGGCGUCGUCGAGCAGUUGGGGCAGAUUGGGCUCGGUGUGGAGUACUACCUCCACUACACGCUCGUGCUCGUGGUGCUGUCUGGAUUGCUUGUUCUUGGGUUCUACCAUGUGAUGAUCCAGAAGUUCAGGGUGGAGUAUUUCAGGAGGGUGACUGCUGUUGGGUAUUCCUGUGUCGUGUUCGGGUGGAUGACGAUUCUGGCCACAAAGCAGCCGUCGUCGAAGCUGAAUCUGUUUGGGGUUCUUUCGCUGCCGAUCAGCUUCGCACCGUUCGAGUCGCUGAUAUUCACAUCGAUCAUGGUUCCGCAGGCAAGCUUCAUUGGCCACUUGUCCGGGAUCAUUGUCGGCUACUCAAUUGCGUGGGGUUUGGUUCACGGAAUGAACAACUACUGGGCGAUCACCAUGCUUGGUUGGAUUGCGCUUGUGUUUGUCUUGAGCUUGAAGCGUACAGGGUCCAUGGAGUUGAGAUUUAUUGAGAUCGAGCCAGUUACCGAUCCCUCGCUGCCUUCUGUUGGUGUGGUUGCCUCCAGAAAUGGUAGAACUCUUCAGAUGGAUGUGCUUCCCAGAAGAGGAGUUGCAGACAUCGUAUGACUUGCCAAGUCGCUGAAAUGUUUGAUACAUAGCCAUAAGUUCAGAAAAAUUCAGACAUUGUAUAACUAGCAGAGUGGAAUACUCAGCCUCUGAAAUAUUUGAUAGAUAGCACUAAGCUCGGAAAAUUCGGAGAUAUUAUAACUUGCAGAAUGGAAUACUCAGUCGCUGAAAUGUUUGAUAUAUAGAAUUGUUCAAGCCCUGAAUUGUAUCAUGCUGAUCCAAUGCUAUCUUCCAUUUUUGGAAGCGUGGUGCUACGGAUUUCUUUGGUCACCUCUGCUGUAAAUGCAUUCUUUUAUCUGAACUAAAGGAAAUAUUUGUGAACGACGGUAUUGAGAGAUUGAAAUUCCUUGUAAAGUAACCUUUUUUGACAGGAUUUGUUCAGUAUGCUUGCUUUUCAGAUUGUUCCUAUGCUAAGAAUGUAGAUUAUCAUGGGGGCAGCUUGCAUGAAAAACUUCCAUGGCCUUAGCCUUUUGAAUAAAUCCUGUUUAAUAGUAUGAGAACUCCGUUUCCCCUGCACCAUCAGUUCAGCACGC